AGACCUGGAUGGAUCCAGCCCCGAGCGCGGGUCCCUCUCCGAGCCCUGGCACAGCAGGCGGCGAGCAGGGAUUUGCUCUGCGUGGCACUCCUGGGCAGGGCGUCUUUUGCGCGGCGCCGCUAGUAGACAAAUUACAGCCUUGCCUCUGUCAAGGUAGAUAAGAGACCAUGUGAGGCUGCGUGGUGGUAAACGGGUUGCAGGCAGGGUAAAGGUGCACAGGGAAAUAACCUUGCAGGGAGUCCCUCCCUCCCCGAGCAGCGCAAAUCCCCGUGGGUCCGCCGGCGCCUCGGCCUGGAUGCCAGCGCAGGUUUUGGGGGCUCUCUGAGACUCGUGAAGCCGCGAUGUCUUACAGCAGGAGGAACUGGUCCGAUCUCUCCAGCCUGGCCAAGCAGAGGACGCUUGAGGAUGAAGAAGAGCAGCAAAGGGAGCGCCGGCGAAAGCACCGGAGCCUGCUGUCCUCCUCCUCAUCGGUGGAUGAAGAACCUCCGAGCCCAGUGAAAGACCCCAGCCCAACGCCCAGCAGGCCCCAGUCCCUGGUGAAGCCGGCGUCUCCGGAGGAAGAGGAGGAGCGCAAGCUCUCGGAGGUGCUGAAGACGCAAGAGGGGAGACGGACAAGGUCCCCGAUGGCCGUGUCUGAGAAGCCGAAACAGGAGAAGGAGCAGCGGGAGGCAGUGCAGGGAGCGAGCUGUGAGCAGGCUCAGCCCCACACGGGGCAGGAGAGCGGCCGGGCUGCAGAGCAGGGUCAGGAUACGGCCAUGGGCAAAGAAGCACCACCAGGAGACCAGCCCCCAGAGCCAGCCCGCGAGAGGAAGGUGGUGGCGAGGGGACGGCUGCAGGACAAAGAGGGACAAGGCGCGGGGACACCCCGAGGGGAGCAGCGGAGGGAUGAGGGGGAGCCGCAGCAGCAAGCGGCUCCGGAGCUGGGGACCUGCCGGGUCCGCGAGGUGAAGAUCCUGACCCGAACGAGGAUCCGCAGCACGGAUGAGAAGAUAGCCUCGGAGGGGACCCCGUCUCCGGACCAGCAGCAUCCACCCAGGAGCCCCUUAAAGGAGGUAACACAGCCACCUCCCACCCAAGAUGAACCUCCAGAAAAGUCAGAGACUUCUCGAAAUUAUGCCACUUACAGCAGCUCCAUCAGAAGAAGCAGCCCAAGAACUGUCUCCUUUCGGGUGAUCUCAAAGAAACAGAAAGAAGAAGAUGAAAGCCCUCUCACAAGGAGCGCGAGCCUGAGGAUCCCAGGUAGCAACACCACCAUCGAGGAGAAACUGGAAAAGUACACCUCGGCCGUGCAGCGCUCGGGGUCGGUGAGAUCUUCCGUGACUGUUCAGAAGAGCCUCGUGGUGACCUCGGAGGGGGUGGCCAGCAAGCGCAACUUCUUCGAGACCAGCGCUCCCAGCAAGGCUGAGCCGCUCGCAGCCAAGAAGGACAACCUGAAGAUCCCGGGGUCGGUGACGUCCCGCAUUAAUCUGUGGAUCAGCCGAACUCAGGAGCCUGCCAAGGAGGAAAAGAGCAAGGACGUCGGGAAAAUAAACAGCCUGCCAAAGCGUGACGUCUGGGUAAAGCAGCCCAGAGACGCCCCUGCAGGCACCAAGCUGCAAUAAUAUCGUAUGCAAUAAUAUCAGAUGAUCUGGGGGAAAAACUGGUUUGCUCUGAAGAUCAAAGCCUGGCCCUGCCCAAUCAUCCGUGCCAGCCCUGCCCACUGCCACGAGUGUCCCCACUGCCACGUGUGGGUGGGAUGGGGUGGCCGGGGUCCUCUGCUUGUGGGCUGGGAAGGAAGAAGGCUGGAAUCCCAUCCCUGCAUCCCCAACCCUCACUCCCUGCCUCUCCAGGAAUACCCAGGCCUGGAGGUUCCCUGCAGGUGCUGAAGGCAGGCUCUGGCCUUGCUUCCCUACAACAUUUUGGUGUUUUGCUCCUAAUCCCUGGCUGUGCCCCAACCUGCGCUUGCUAAGGGGAGCAGCUUGCGCGUGUCCCUUGCAGCUGGAUCCUGCUGUUGGGGUGAGAGGCUGCCGGGCCAGGGCAGUUUUGGCUGCCCACCCAUGGACCGUGCCCGUCCCUGAGUGUGGCGUGAGGUGGGGGUGCAGGCAGAUGUCACCCCCUCCCCAAGCUGUGCCUGCUGGAGGGGACCCAAACCCCUAAAACGCUGUUUGCCAAGUUGCUCGUGCACCAGCCUAGCUUGGAGCCCCCCGUGGAGGACAGGUGGACCUGACAGCACUGGUGCUUCCCUCCAGCACACAGCUCAGACGUGUCCUUCACCACUCCCAUCCCCUGCAAGCAGUGACCGCUUUUGCUGAGUGCUAUGGGGAGGGCAGGCUGGCCACAGACCUAUUUGUGGGGCUGCGUGGAGCUGGGAGCCCUGUCCUGGACCCCUUCUGCAAGCCCCGUUCCCUUCUCACACUUCUCCUGGAGCCCUUUGCGAUGCAGAUCCCAAAGCCACCCGGUCCCCACUCUCCCCGGCUGCUGCGCCCACCCUGGGGGGGCACAAGGUGCUG